CCGCGGCCGAGCUCACGUGACCAGCCCGGCAGGGACGGGGGGAGGCAGAGAGAAGUAAGAUGGCCGCCGCUGCCGGUGCGAAGUGAGGAGCGCUCUGAGCCGCUCCCUCCUUGUCAGUCCCAGGCUGGGCCGGGGAGCCGCCCGCGGGGGCCGAGUCCCGCCGGCUUUGGGAUACCUGGAAGUAUAUACCACAGUGCUGUGUAGUUGGAAGGUAGCUUUCUUAUCCAGAAACAGAAGGAAACAUGUUAUAAGAGUAAGAAAGCUAUUUUAAAAGAAAACCUUAAGUUGCGUUUAAUUCACUGUAAUCUUUACUGUGACCUACUAAAAAAGAAAAAAGAGAAGGCAAUAAAGAGAAGACAGCUUUGAUAUUUACUACCAUUUCACUCCUCACCUUGCUUGUGUGUUAUGGUACUUCACCUGUAUGAUAAGUUCUAUUGUACAAGCAUUUUCAAUACUGUGUAGAGAUGGCAAGUCUGAUGAGUCAGAGUCUGUUGACCUACGUAGAAGAAGGAAAUGUUCCUGCUCUGAAAGCGCUUCUUGAGAAGUGCAAGGAUGUGGAUGAGAGAAAUGAGAAUGGCCAGACUCCACUCAUGUUGGCUGCUGAGCAAGGCAAUUUAGAAAUUGUACAAGAGCUUCUAAAGAAGGGAGCUAACUGCAACUUGGAAGAUGCAGAUAAUUGGACAGCCCUUAUUUCAGCAGCUAAAGAAGGACAUGCAGAUAUCGUAGCAGAACUACUCAAUUAUAAUGUCAGUUUGGAGCAUCGAGAUUUGGGAGGAUGGACUGCUCUCAUGUGGGCAUCCUAUAAAGGUCGUACAGAAGUAGCUGAGCUGCUCCUUGAAAAAGGAGCAAAUCCAAACAUCACAGGAUUGCAAUACAGUGUUUAUCCAAUUAUUUGGGCAGCAGGACGAGGCCAUUCAGAUAUAGUACAUCUCUUACUGCAGCAUGGGGCUAAAGUGAACUGCUCUGACAAAUAUGGAACCACCCCACUGGUUUGGGCAGCUAGGAAAGGUCAUUUGGAGUGUGUGAGGUACCUGCUGCAAAUGGGAGCCGAUGUUGAUCAAGAAGGAGCAAAUUCUAUGACUGCACUUAUUGUAGCAGUGAAGGGUGGCUAUACGGACUCAGUUAAAGAAAUACUGAAAAGGAACCCAAAUGUAAAUUUAACAGAUAAAGAUGGAAAUACAGCUUUGAUGAUUGCAUCAAAGGAGGGACACACUGAAAUUGUUCAGGAUCUUCUUGAUGCUGGAACUUAUGUGAACAUUCCUGAUAGAAGUGGAGACACUGUGCUGAUUGGAGCUGUUAGAGGAGGUCAUGUUGAAAUUGUGAGGGCCUUGCUGCAUAAAUAUGCUGAUAUAGACAUUAGAGGUCAGGAUAAUAAGACUGCUUUGUAUUGGGCAGUUGAGAAAGGAAAUGCCACGAUGGUGAGGGAUAUCUUGCAAUGCAACCCUGAUACUGAAACAUGUACAAAGGAUGGAGAAACACCACUUAUAAAGGCAACCAAGAUGAGAAAUAUUGAGAUAGUAGAGCUCCUUCUGGACAAAGGAGCUAAGGUUUCUGCUGUAGACAAGAGAGGAGAUACUCCACUCCACAUUGCCAUUCGUGGAAGAAGCCGUAAACUUGCUGAACUACUCUUAAGAAAUCCAAAAGAUGGUAGAUUGCUUUAUAGACCCAACAAAACAGGAGAAACACCUUACAAUAUUGACUGUAGCCACCAGAAAAGUAUUUUAACACAGAUAUUUGGAGCCCGGCACUUGUCUCCCACGGAAUCGGAUGGUGACAUGCUGGGCUAUGAUCUCUACAGCAGCGCUUUGGCUGAUAUUCUUAGCGAACCAACCAUGCAGCCACCUAUUUGUGUAGGGUUGUAUGCACAGUGGGGAAGUGGAAAAUCUUUUCUUCUCAAGAAACUGGAAGAUGAAAUGAAAACUUUUGCAGGUCAGCAGAUCGAGCCUCUGUUCCAGUUCUCUUGGCUUGUUGUAUUCCUCACACUUUUGCUGUGUGGAGGUUUGGGUUUAUUGCUUGCUUUCACAGUGGAUGCAAAGCUUGGAAUAGCAGUGUCACUCAGCUUAUUAGCAGUUCUCUAUAUAUUCUUUGCUGUAAUUUACUUUGGUGGCCGAAGAGAAGGUGAGAGCUGGAACUGGGCGUGGGUAUUAAGUGCCAGGCUGGCAAGACAUAUUGGGUAUUUAGAGUUGCUUCUCAAGCUCAUGUUUGUGAACCCACCAGAAUUGCCAGAGCAAACCACUAAAGCUUUACCUGUCAGAUUUUUGUUUACUGACUACAAUAGACUGUCCAGUGUAGGUGGAGAAACUUCAUUGGCUGAGAUGAUUGCUACCCUCUCCGAUGCAUGUGAAAGAGAAUUUGGUUUCUUAGCAACAAGGCUAUUUCGAGUUUUCAAGACAGAAGAUACACAAGGUAAAAAGAAAUGGAAGAAAACUUGCUGUCUCCCAUCCUUUGUGAUUUUCCUAUUCAUAUUGUCUUGCAUUGUUUCUGGGAUUGCUCUGCUGGCGAUUUUUAAUGUGGAACCAACAAACAUGACAGUGAAUGCUAUUCUUAUAUCAGUUGCAUGUGUUGUUGGUUUGGCCUUUAUCUUGAACUGUCGCACCUGGUGGCAAGUGAUGGAUUCAGUUUUAAAUUCUCAAAGAAAACGCCUUCACAAUGCUGCCUCCAAGCUUCACAAGUUAAAAAGUGAGGGGUUCAUGAAGGUUCUGAAAUGUGAAGUGGAAUUGAUGGCCAAAAUGGCAAAAACCAUUGACGGCUUCACUCAGAAUCAGACAAGGCUUGUUGUAAUUAUUGAUGGAUUGGAUGCUUGUGAACAGGACAAAGUUUUACAGAUGCUUGAUACGGUGCGAGUCUUGUUUUCGAAAGGCCCAUUUAUUGCUAUUUUUGCAAGUGAUCCACAUAUUAUUAUAAAGGCUAUUAACCAAAAUCUUAAUAGUGUUCUACGUGAUUCAAACAUAAAUGGACAUGAUUACAUGCGAAAUAUAGUCCAUUUGCCUGUUUUUCUGAAUAGCCGUGGGCUUAGUAAUGCAAAAAAGCUGAUGGUAGCUUCAACAACCAAUGGAGAUGUUCCUUAUACAGAUAAUGCAGGAUUACCCGAAGAAGUUGACAGGAGAGUUUCUCAGAACAGUCUUGGAGAGAUGACCAAGCUUGGUAGCAAAACUGCUCUUAAUAGACGGGAUACUUACAGAAGACGACAAAUGCAACGUACCAUUACUCGCCAGAUGUCUUUUGAUUUGACCAAGCUUUUGGUUACAGAGGAUUGGUUCAGUGAUAUCAGUCCUCAGACCAUGAGAAGAUUACUUAAUAUUGUUUCUGUGACAGGUCGUUUAUUGAGAGCUAAUCAGAUCACAUUCAAUUGGGAUAGACUGGCUAGUUGGAUCAAUCUCACAGAGCAGUGGCCGUACAGAACAUCGUGGCUUAUACUACAUCUUGAAGAGACUGAAGGUGUUCCAGAUCAACUGACUUUAAAAACCAUUUAUGAGAGAAUUUCAAAGAAUAUUCCUACAACAAAAGAUGUUGAACCUCUACUGGAAAUUGAUGGAGACAUACGGAACUUUGAAGUAUUUUUAUCUUCGCGAACGCCUGUUCUAAUAGCACGUGAUGUAAAAACCUUUUUGCCAUGUACUGUAAAUUUAGAUCCGAAGCUACGAGAAAUCAUUGCAGAUGUUCGUGCUGCAAGAGAUCAAAUAAAUAUUGGAGGACUUCCUUAUCCCACAUUGCCUCUACAUGAGGCCCCUGCUAGAGCAACAUCUCUGUUCAGUCAGCCUUCUUCAGCUUGCUCCUCAACAACCUCUUUCAAUGGACCUUUCAAUAAUGGAGUUUUAUCACCGCAACCUCAUAGCAGUUACUAUAGUGGUAUGACAGGACCUCAGCAUCCAUUCUACAAUCGGCCAUUCUUUGCCCCAUAUCUUUACAUGCCAAGGUAUUACCCUGGCAGUUCUCAUCUCAUCUCACGUCCACCACUAAAAACGAGUUUGUCCAGAGAUCAGAACAAUGGCCUAGGAGCAGGAGCAGGCUCAGGUUUGGCCACAGGAGUAUCACAUGUGCCUCUGAGCACAAUGAGCGUGGAAACUGUAUGUGAGAAACUAAAGCAAAUAGAUGGCCUGGACCAGACUAUGCUACCUCAAUAUUCUGCAACUAUAAGAAAGGCAAAUAUAAAUGGCCGUGUCUUGGCUCAGUGCAACACUGAUGAACUGAAAAGGGAAAUGAAUAUGAAUUUUGGUGACUGGCACCUGUUCAGGAGCAUGAUACUUGAAAUGAGAAAUUCAGAAAAUCAGGCUGCUCAGGGAGAUCCUGAUGUAACAACUGAGCAUGUUACCGCUGCGAUUUCUCAUAGUGAACUUACUCGUCGUCCUGGGCAUAACACUGAGUUGCCUCACACCGAGCUUACGGGUCUUUCUGGUCAAGCUCCCUACACGCUUAACUUCAGCUUUGAAGAACUGAACACAAUUGGUCUUGAUGAAGCUCCUCCGCGUCAUAGUAACUUAAGUUGGCAGUCACAGACUCGUAGAACUCCAAGUCUUUCAAGUCUUAACUCUCAAGAUUCUAGUAUCGAAAUAUCAAAGUUAACUGAUAAGGUGCAGGCAGAAUAUAGAGAUGCAUAUAGAGAAUAUAUUGCUCAGAUGUCACAGUUAGAAGGGGGUGCCAAUUCUACUACGGUAAGUGGCAGGUCCUCCCCCCAUAGCUCAUCUGCUUUCUAUAUGGGGCAGAGCACAUCAGGGGGUUCCCUGCAUUCAAGUGCAGAACAAGAAAAAGGAAAAGAUGGUGAACAGAAACAAGAUGAUGGAAGAAAGUCCUUCUUGUUGAAGAGGAAUGAUGUUGAUUACAGUACGUCAGGUGUUUCAACUAAUGAUGCAUCUCCUCUGGAUCCUAUUACUGAAGAAGAUGAAAAAUCUGAUCAGUCUGGUUCCAAGCUUCUCCCAGGAAAGAAGUCUUCAGAAAGAACAAGUAUUUUCCAGGCUGCAGAUAUAAAGCUUAAGGGAGUUACUCUCCGGUAUCAGAAACUUCCAAGUGAUGAAGAUGAGUCAGGAACUGAAGAAUCAGAUAAUACUCCACUUCUUAAGGAAGGUAAAGACAAGAAAGCAGAUGGAAAAAUAGAUAAACAACCCAAAUCCCCAGAACAUGGAUCUGAACCGAUUAGAACAUUCAUCAAAGCAAAAGAGUACUUGACAGAUGCCCUUUUGGACAAAAAAGAUUCUUCUGACUCUGGUGUAAGAUCCAAUGAAAGUUCUCCAAAUCAUUCCCUCCAUAAUGAAGGAGCAGAUGAUUCACAGCUUGAAAAGGCAAAUCUCAUUGAGCUUGAAGAUGACAGUCACAGUGGAAAGCGAGGAAUUCCGCACAGCCUUAGUGGCCUUCAGGAUCCAGCUGUGGUUCGCAUGUCUAUUUGCUCAGAAGAUAAGAAAAGCCCGUCUGAGAGCAGCUUGAUAGCGAGCAGUCCAGAAGAGAACUGGCCUGCUUGCCAGAAAGUCUAUAAUUUAAAUAGAACCCCCAGUACAGUAACGCUAAAUAAUAACAGUGCUCCAACCAAUAGAGCUAAUCAAAAUUUUGAAGAAAUAGAAGGUAUCAGAGAUUCAUCUCAAAUUAUCCUGCGCCCUGGCUCAAGUUCCAAUUCAACUGCAGUUCAGAAUGAGAACCUGAAGAGUGCCACUCACAAGCGGAGCCAGCGAUCCAGUUAUACCAGGCUUUCCAAAGAUUCUUCGGAGCUCAGCACUGUUGCUGCCUCAGAUGGAGCUGGUUUUGGAGAAGAAAGAGAGAGUAUCCUGUGAAAGGAAGCCAGAUUAAAACAGAGUAUGCCCAUGAGUUGUAGCUUGCUAGGAAUUCUUUGUCAGUGUGUGGUUACGUUAGCUAUGUAGUUAAAACUUUCAAUUCAGCAAUUAACAGAUCUAGAUUAUUUUUAGUCAUUUUUUUGCAAAGAAGAAAUAAUCUUUGCAAGAAGCAAAGUGCUUCAGACCUUCCUUCCCCAUAUUUGUAUUACUAGUAAAUAUUUUAUUUCCUCCCCAAAUGAAGCAGUACCUGUCAUUGCAUGGAAACUCAGUUCUUUGUUAAAAUGCUGUGCAAAGGUUUGGUCAGGGCAGAUGUUACAGAAGCAUGGUUUUCAUUAUUAAAAUAAUUCUGUGAUUUCACAUUUUUGUUGGGAGAUAUAAUACUUAUUCCUUCUAAAUAUUCCUGUUAAGUCUCCUUCCUUACCAGUAAAGUUAAGACCAUGCAUUUUUACCAUUUGAUAUAAGCGAUGCCAGAUGAUUAAAUAUCACAACCUGUGAUACCCUUAUCAAACUUUGCAUUAAAUACUCAAUUAAUGUGUGCAGCAUAAUAUUAUGUAUGUUGAAAUUUAAAUGUUAAGAUACCUGUUUGGCUAUAUGUACAUUUGUAUUCUGUGUGUGUUCAGUAAUUGCUGUUGACUUUGUGAGCUUUGGGUAGAAUGUUGAUAGGUUUAUAGGAGGGACUGUCUUGAUGUAUCAUUAGAAUUGGCAGUUAUUUAUAAGGUAAUGCCUCAUCAUAGUGAAUGCAUUAUUUAUUAUAGGUACAUAAUUUCACAAUCAGUGCUCUAAAUAGAUGCAACCACCUGAGCUACAUUAAAAUAUUGUAAAAGUAAUGUGUGAAUGUGAUGUCUGAACUACAGAGUAUCUGUUGCUGUGCAUGAUCUUUCCCUGGUACAGUGUUUAUUGUUUGGUUAUAGAAAGAAAAAUUUGGUAGUUUGCUAUUUUAAAAAGCAGUAUGUACUUCCUGGAAGCAGAGCUGUAUGCCUGCUUCUUUAUUUCAGAAGUGCAGUAUUCCAUUUUUAUUUGUCAUCUAAGUAAUGCAUCUGAAUGUUACUGUAGCAAGUACUUUGUACUGUCCAGUGAAAUAUGCAUGAUUUUGAGGAAAAAAAAUGUUCAGACUAGAUUCUGGUAGUACAAAGAGAAUAAAAAAUAAUUGGCAUAUUG